AUGGACGCCAAAGAGCCCCUACUACCGUCUGAUCCUCCACCCUCGUAUGAAGAUGCACGGAAGUCACCAAUCCCACAAAACAACCCCGGAUCAGGCGCACCAUUAGCGAAGAGACCGCCUCCAGGGCCUCCUCCUCCUCCACUCAACUUACCAGCCUUGAAUGAGUUGAGGGGAUCUAGAGUUGUGCUUGCGAGCGCGUCACCACGGAGAAGACAGCUUCUCGCACAGAUCGGCCUCACAAAAAUCGACGUAUGCCCAUCCAAAUUCGCCGAAAACCUAGACCACUCGCUCGGCGCGCUGAACUACGUCCUCGAAACCGCAUCCGCCAAAGCGCAUGACGUAUACAAAACCGAGAUUAACAAUCGCGAGCGCGGCGAACCUGCCAUCGUCAUCGCUGCCGACACAAUCGUAGUAUCGCACGCUGGGCGGAUACUGGAGAAGCCAAAGAGCGAGGCAGACCAUAUAGCAACGCUGAAGAUGCUGAGAGAUGAGGGCGCGCACAAGGUUAUGACCGCCGUUGCGGUGAUGAAGCCAUUAGAGUCUGCGGUAGAUCCGGGAUAUGCCAUGGAGACGCAUGUUGAAGAGACAACGGUUAUGUUUGAUCCUACUGUGACCGACGAACUGAUCCUUGCAUACGUCAAAACGCGCGACGGCAACGAUAAAGCAGGCGGCUACGGUAUACAGACAGCGGGCGCGUGCCUCAUCGAGCGCAUAGAAGGGUCAUACGACAACGUUGUCGGUUUGCCGUUACGACAGACGCUGAAGCUGAUAGAGAAGGUCAUGGAGCCUGAGGAGGAAGAGGGAGACUUCUUUGUAGACAGCAGAGAGGAAGAAGAGGAAGAGUAG